CAGAUAAUCAAGGCACUAAUCAGGGCAAUUCUUCCAAUUUCAGGCGCUACAAUGGACAGUGUAAAUAUUCAUGAGGAAAAUCGAACUGUCUCAGUGCUCUUGUUUUCCAAUUCCAGUAUUACUCUUUCCUGUCUGCAUUUUGACUUGUAUCUGCUUCCUUGAUCAUCCCCACGAUUUCUGCUGCUUUUAUAACUCCUGCAGCCUCUGACAUGUGUAUGUACAUAGGACAGCAUCGCAGGCCAGCCUUUCCUUGCCACUGGCGUUUUUUUCCUGUGUUGCCACAUCUCUUGCCCAUGUCUGCAGCUCACCAGUAAUGAUUUUCUGCUCGGCAUCAAUAGGGGGCAGUUUGUUUUUUCAUCUCUUCUGUGCUAAAAGGAAAACUGUGCACCUGGUAAAGAGAGCAUGAAUUGAGUAGUCUGUUCCUGUACCUUGUGUCUCAAAAGAUGGAAGGAAGGGUUUUGUGUAGCUUAUGGUCCGUAAGAUAGACUGUGAUCUAAACAGAUGGAUCCUCUUCUUGAAUCUGAGCACAGGUAUUGUUCUGAGUCUGAGGGAGGUGCCUCUCCACGGACACAACUUCUAGGGAGGAGGGGAAGAAAGCCUUGCAACCCAUCAUGGCACAGUGGGUAUUGUGGGGUUUUGCCUGUACCCAAAUAUGUAACUUGUCUGCUCUUGGUUGUAUUUACUUAAGAGAGUACGAUUUUGGUUCUCUCGCUCUAUGCACUAGCAACUGUUGAUCAGUUACUGAAAACUAGAAUUGGAUUAAAUAAGUAAAUGCUUUUAGUGAUUUAAUCUGUUAAAAUUUUCAGGUUUACAAUGCUUUUUUAAUUGUAUAGUGGGGUUGUACUUUGCUCCACCAAGAUAAUAUUUGUUAAAUAAGCGAAGUUCUUGGUUUGAAGGGAAUUUACAGUUCCAGCAACUUUUGUGAUUUUUCAAGGUUGACACCAGAGUUAUACUUGAAAACUACGUAACACUUCCCUCAGUCUGUAUCUUACAGACUACAUAAAUGUCUUCAGAAUGUUUCCUUCUCUAUAGACUUGAGACUUUCCACUUGAGUGGAAAAUUGUGUUACCUGCCCAAUGCCCUUGGACUUCAUUUCUGAUGACAGACUUUUCUAGAAUAGGAGGAUGGGUCCAUAUUUGCAAGUUAGUUGGUGUUACCCAUAUUUUAAGUAUUUGCACGCUGAGCUAAUGUACUACACAGACUUUCACAGAAUGUAUUUAGAUGUACUGCUUUUCAAUUUACAUUUGUAAUGUGGUUUUGGCAAUCCAAUAGACUGCCCGUUCAGUUCCUGAAAUACAACCCUGGCUUAAAACACUGCCGUUAACUGUCAUGGCUAAUGCUGAUACAUCUCUAAUGCAGUUAUCAGAUUACUAAUUAACUCCUAACCACACAAAAAAUCCCACUCAAAAUUCCUUCUUUUGUUGGCAGUCUCAGUGGAUUUGCAGGAUUUGAAAGGGCAUGGCCGGGAUUAAUUUGUUUUGGUGAUGUAAAUAAGUCACUUCUGUGAUUUCUUGACAAUUAAGAAAGAGGUCUGUUUGACAUUAAAGUAAAACAUGGAUAGAAAUAGUUGGUCUCAGUUGCUUUCAGAUUUUUGGCCCUUAAGUAUUCACCUAUUCACCAGAUGUUCCUAGUUUUAUUUAAAACACUGAUAUAACUGGAGGGUUUAUGAUUUAAGAAUUAAGUAACUCCCUGAAGUACUUCAGACAUUAACUAUAUCUUUUUUUUUUUAACUGCAUAUAGGCAUUAUUGUUUCUAGGAGUAAUUUGGAUACAAUUCUGACAUGCAUCACCUGGAUACCUUCUUGAUAUAGCCAGCAUUUUAGGUAUAUACACUUGAUGUCAAGAACAAACAAACAGAAGCCAAUUUUUUAAAAAACACAGUUUCAUCUGUUAAGUGCUUUAAAUACAUUUCUCACUUCAUGACUUUCAGGGUAAAACUCCACUGGAAUGAAAUCUUGUGCUUUCUCUCAUUAGUGUGCUGAAAAAUUAUUUUAAGUUCGAGUGUUUUUUUCAUCUUUGUCAAUCACAUUGUAAAUUUUUUUCAGAAAAUCAUAUAACCUACCAUAGUUUCAGGCUUUUUUUCCCUGAAUUUGCACUUUAUAAUUAUUUAUCCUUACUUUUUUUUACUCUUAAACUCAAGUGAUUUAUUACCAGUUAGUCUACAGUAAAGAAAAUGAGGUUGUUUUGUUUUUUUUUUUAGUAAAGGUGUGCCUGAGCAUUAAUAAUACAGGUUUGGCCAGGAGAGAAGAAACGUGUCUUAGCUUUGAGCAAGGAAUAUCAGCUGAGUUGAGAGAAACUUGAUGGACUGUUUUGGUAGGUAGACAAUGUUAUUAGCUCAGAUAAAUCGAGACUCUCAGGGAAUGACUGAAUUUUCUGGAGGAGGAAUGGAGGCCCAGCAUGUGACUCUGUGUCUAACAGAAGCUGUAGCUGUGCAAGGUGAACCUUCAGAUGGGGACAACUUAGAAAACAUGGAAGGUGUAAGUUUGCAAGCAGUUACCCUGGCUGAUGGCUCCACUGCUUACAUACAGCACAAUUCUAAAGAUGGUAAAUUAAUGGAUGGCCAAGUGAUUCAAUUAGAAGAUGGUUCUGCUGCUUAUGUUCAACAUGUACCUAUGCCUAAAAGCAGGGACAGCUUGCGCCUGGAAGAUGGACAGGCAGUUCAGCUGGAAGAUGGAACUACGGCAUUUAUUCAUCACACCUCGAAAGACAGUUAUGACCAGAGUGCAUUACAAGCUGUCCAGCUGGAGGAUGGAACCACUGCCUACAUCCACCACACGGUGCAAAUGCCACAGUCAGAUACCAUUUUAGCCAUUCAGGCUGAUGGCACAGUGGCAGGUCUUCACACAGGAGAUGCUGCCAUCGACCCAGACACCAUCAGUGCUUUGGAGCAAUAUGCAGCCAAGGUGUCUAUUGAUGGAAAUGACAGUGUCAGUGGCACAGGAAUGAUAGGUGAAAAUGAACAAGAUAAAAAAAUGCAGAUUGUCCUGCAAGGACAUGGAACAAGAGUGACUGCAAAAUCUCAGCAGACUGGAGAGAAAGCCUUUCGCUGUGACUAUGAUGGUUGUGGCAAACUGUACACAACAGCUCAUCAUCUUAAGGUGCAUGAAAGGUCACACACAGGAGACAGACCGUAUCAGUGUGAACAUCCUGGAUGUGGCAAAGCCUUUGCAACAGGGUAUGGGUUAAAAAGUCACGUUCGAACACACACGGGUGAAAAGCCUUAUCGGUGCACAGAAGAAAAUUGCACUAAAUCAUUCAAGACUUCAGGAGACCUGCAGAAACAUAUUCGAACCCACACAGGUGAAAGGCCCUUUAAGUGUCCCUUUGAAGGAUGUGGCAGGUCAUUCACAACGUCUAAUAUUAGAAAGGUUCACAUCAGGACACACACAGGCGAAAGGCCUUAUUACUGUACAGAGCCGGGAUGUGGGAGAGCUUUUGCCAGUGCAACUAAUUAUAAGAAUCAUGUGAGAAUACACACAGGGGAGAAGCCUUACGUCUGCACAGUUCCUGGUUGUGAUAAACGUUUUACAGAGUAUUCCAGUUUAUACAAACAUCAUGUUGUACACACUCAUUCCAAACCCUACAACUGUAAUCACUGCGGGAAAACCUACAAGCAGAUUUCUACUCUUGCUAUGCACAAGCGGACAGCACACAAUGACACUGAGCCCAUUGAGGAAGAACAAGAGGCUUUCUUUGAGCCACCUCCAGGUCAAGGUGAAGAUGUUCUCAAAGGCUCCCAGAUAACCUAUGUGACAGGGGUAGAGGGAGAAGAUGUAAUUUCUGCACAGGUUGCUACCGUUACUCAGUCAGGAUUAGGUCAACAAGUGGCACUAAUAUCCCAGGAUGGAACCCAACAUGUCAACAUAUCCCAGGCAGACAUGCAGGCCAUCGGCAAUACUAUCACUAUGGUGACACAAGAUGGCACCACCAUCACUGUCCCUGCCCACGACGCCGUCAUUUCUUCUGCAGGGACACAUUCCGUGGCGAUGGUUACUGCGGAGGGCACCGAAGGACAGCAGGUUGCCAUUGUGGCUCAAGACUUAGCAGCAUUUCACAGUGCCUCUUCAGAAAUGGGACAUCAGCAACAUGGGCACCAUUUAGUGACUACAGAAACUAGACCUGUUACAUUGUUGGCUACAUCCAAUGGGACACAAAUUGCAGUACAGCUUGGAGAACAACAGUCUCUGGAAGAAGCCAUUAGAAUAGCCUCCAGAAUACAGCAGGGUGAAACACCAGGGAUUGAUGAUUAACUUCUAAAACUGCUAUCAGAACAAUAGAGUGAAAGGUAUUUUAUUUUCAAUCAGCAAAGGUCCAUGCCAGCAGCAAACCAUAAAAACUUUGAAGUCACCCACUCACUGAUACUGUGUACACAUUUUAUGCAAGAGUGAAGAACAUUUUCUAAGUUUUGUGUACAUAACCCUUGGAAUGGACUGACAUCAUCUACUUCCAACCGUUGUAUUCAGGAAUAUGGAAUUAGGAUUAUAUAGUAGACUUCCUUGUUAUCCUUUCAUCAGAUUUCAGACUGGUCUACAAGCAAGUGAAAAAUAGAAGUAUUGGAAUUAAUUUUUAAUGUCAUGUACAAAUAAUGAAGGCAUUACUGAAGAUUUCAGAUGUUUAAAUCACCAUUUCAGGAACCCUUACAAAUAAUAAAGGCAAUAAAGCCUUUUAAAUUGCAUUCCAUCAAUGGAAAAGUCUUGGAUUUUGAGCCUACUACUGUAAAUCUUCGUAUUUUGAUUUGUUUCAUACAGAUUUGAAUACUCUUUAGAUUAUCUACCCCAUCUCAUUCAUUGUAAAUACAGACUGUUAAUGCUGGAAAUGCUAAUUAUAUUAUCUUUAAAUUGGAUUAUGUACAAAGGACAAACUGGUUGUUCAAUAUUAAAGAAAGUAAAUCUAAUGGUUUUGUUUCUUUACAUAUUUUACUUAAGAUGUUACUCUCAGAUUAUUAUGCAAUAAAUAUAGCAAGAUUGUAUUGUUUAGGUAGGAUGAUAUUGUUGUGUGACGUAUUGUUUUAUUUCCUAAUGAGACUGAAGUUCAAAUUAUUUAUUUACGGCCUUGUAUAAAUUUUUCCAAAGUUUAUUUAUCAUAAACUUAAUUUUUUGACUUAUUAAUUUUGAUCAUAAUCCACUACAGUGUGUUAAGUAAUUAGUGGUAAUAGUUAUUUCAAACAUUCUAAAACACUACAAGAAUGAUUUUGACUAAAAAGUAAAGUUGCCCGUUUUCAAGAGAAGUAUUUUCAAAUGGUGCAUUUGCAGCACAAGUACUAAUAGUCUAUUUUCAACAGUUCUGAAUGCCUGCUGCUACCAUUCAAUACCUAGGAUAUGCUGAUAAUGAGUGCUUUUGAAAAUCAGGACACAAGUUACUAGAAAAAAGGGAUUAAUUAAUGAUGAUGUAAGUACAAUGCUCGUCUCCAAUGAUCAUUCUGUAAAGGAACAAAAACUUUGUUGUAGAUAUGUCUUAACACAUACAGCAAAAUGUAACAUUUUUUUUUUAUAUGAAAAGGUAUUUCUACUCUUGUCUUGUUAGUAAGCUGGUUAAGCAAGUUAAAAUUUUUUGACUUCCUGUAAGUUCAGUGUUUAUUUUAGAUGAGUGUCAAGAGCACUCCUGAAACCGAAGCCUCAUUUUUUUUUUUCCUUCUCAAGGGAAGGAUUAAACAUCCUCUGGACAAAGUCUUUAUCAAGGAAUCACAAGUGUUGUGAGGUGCACAUUCUACAUGAAAAAAUAAAGUCCAUAACUCCCUACUUUGAGGUAUUUGACCUCAAAAAGGCCAAAUUUGAAUAGAAUUAAGCUGAUUAAUUGUGAAUUACUAUAUCAGUGUGGGUUGCAGCCUUUUAUGUUUUCUACACAGAGGCCAACUGUAAAGUACAGUGAGAGAAUACUGUACUGUGGGAUAGAUGGGGACAAAGCAAAGACUAUUCUCUGGAUCCAUUAGAGAGUACAACUUGGAAACAAUUAGGCUGUCUGUAACUUUUGUAUAGGAUUGAGGCUGCUUGCUCACUUAGGUGCCAGUUUUCCUGAAGUGUUGUAAAUCUUGAUAUCCCAUGGAGAUAAAUGUACUAUGCAAGGAGGAUUAAUUGCCUGUCAACUAGACCAGUUUCUUAGUACUUAUCACCUUUUAGAAAUUAAAGUUGUAUCAUUUGACAUGAACGUUCAA